AUGGCGAUCCUGUCUGGAGAGAUCUUCGUGGCGCCCAAAAAGAAGCUCUUGAUCUGGUUUGAACAGGGACUCGAGACUGGUAUGAUGUUUACCCACACCGUCUCUAAUUGCAUCCGGCUCGACUUUACGGAAACAAGCGACAUCACCAUCAGCUACACCGCGCCUAGUGAAUCUGCACCUGAGAAAGGCAUAUGGUCAUUCGGACCUCUCCCGGUGUUAGGACAGACGUACCACCCCGAGACGAACACGUUCUCUUUGACUCCAGCUAUCCUACCUUCUGAGGAUGAGCUUAGGCGACUGGCUGCACUGUUGCGACUUGAGCCCCCCACCCAUAGCAAACGUCCGCUUGCAAUUACAGCUAAUGGGAAUGCUUAA